CCUAUGCAUUUGGUGUCUGUUUCAGUUUGUUUCCAGAAUUAUAAUAACAAAGCCCAGUAUAGGGGAUUUUCCCAAGGAAACUGAAAACUUAAGGAGAACAAAGGCAAGGGAAAUUUCCCUUCAAAGCUUAAGGGUUGAGUUUUCAUCUGGAUAGACAACGGAAAGCUUCUUCAGAGCGAGGUGAAAAUUUGAUUAGAUUUAUGAUGUGUAUCGCGAUGCCUGCAGUUUGGGAAGAAAUACGUAUUGUACUUAGGUUGUUAAUUUUUUGGUGAUUUCCUUCUUCACUUCAUGUUUACGCGUGCGAGUGGGAAAAUCCCCGUUAGUAAACCUCGUGGUUGUUUUGGCAGCACAAUUUUCUCGAAUAUGAUCUCAUGCAUAACAGAAGUCACGCCACUAAAAUCAAUAGAUAUUUCAUACAAAACCUGGGCCGCAAAAUCUAUCACUGUUUUCUCAAAGAGUAGAAACAAAACAACGAUUUGCUAGAACACAAUAAAUAAAUUGAUCUAUUUCCUUUUUCUCUUCGUGUUUGCGUUUGCAAGAGGGAAAAUCCCCGUUAAGUAAACCCCUUGGUUGUUUUGGCAACAGAAUUUUUAGAAAAUGAUCUCAUGCAUAACAGACGUCACGCCACUAAACCACCAGAUAUUUCAUACAAAACCUGGGCCGUAAAAUCUAUCACUGUUUUCUCAAAGAAUAGAAUAAAAUUAACGAUUAGCUGGAACACAAUAAAGGAAUUGAUCGAAGGCGAAAAGGAAAGAGUGAGUAAGAUAGAGGUCGAAAGACACCUCGGCUUAAUACGAAUGCAAAUUAUCAAAUUCCCCUAUCUACACAACCAUCUUUGAUGACUGUGAAGAAACUCGAAAAAUUGUUUCAAGGAUGUGAGAAGAGGGCAAAAUUGGUGUUCUAAGUUGUUUAUGUUUCUCUCAAGAUUCAAAUCCGACAGAAAAACGAAAUAACAUCACCAUCAAAAUCUUACAACUCGGGGAUUUUCCCAUGCGUGACAUCACUGCUUUGGAUGAGCUAUAUUAUUAUUAUCCACUUUGGAAAACUUUCAGUUUCACCAAAGUUGCUGUGUUAGCAAGAUUGUGUAGUUUCUGAUCGGGUUCUUAUUGAGUUGAGAGGGAACAGAAGGUGAGCACACUUUCUAAGGAUUUUACAGUGGUCCAUAGUUCAAGCCCAGCAAAUCUUGAUUCAUAAUUUCCCUGCAAAUAUACAAUACUCGAUGGCGCCGGGAUUAAUCCAAAUAUUCGUUUACGGCAUAAGACGAGACAUUACCACCAUAAAUAUUCACAAGGUAAGAUGGCUGUUUAAUGUAAAACCCAAAUGUUUACAUUCACACCAGUUAAACAGCCUCAAAAUUACAUCUUCUUGACCUUCCUUUGCGUAGGAUGCAACCGUCAAGGAAUUCUUCACUAUGAUUUCCCAAAAGAAGGGUAUACCAGUGGACCAAAUGCGCGCAAUUUACACUACAAAACAAUUGGAGAUAGGUAAACGUUUGUCAGAUUACGGAGUGCAAAAUGAGUCCAACGUGUUCUUGGUUCUUCGUCUGCUCGGUGGGUCUGAACGAUCAAUUCCACCAGAAAAAGAAUUGGAUGAUGCAGUGGAACUGAGUAAUGACCCGGAUAUGAUUACGUGGGACGAUGACCCUGAGAACAAGAGAGCCAAGAUGCCUUGCGGGCAUGCUAUAAGUAAGAUAAGAUCAUUUGCUCCUAUUCCUUACUAAUCUUUAGUUUGGUGUUCCUUGGCUGUUUGAUUCAUUCAACUUCCAUUACUAUUUAUCAGUACAAUCCUCAUCCUUAAUUUAAACUAAAAUUAUCUGUUAAGAAUGUAGCAUUGUUGGUAAUAGCAUCAACUUAGUAAAGCAAUACUGUAACAUAAUGUACUACUUUUUCAUAUGCUUACCAUCAUCCGUUUCCUCUGUUCCGUUCACCUACAUUGAUUAAUGCUCAUGGUGUUAGGGAUUAAAUCAAAACACAGCCUUCAGUCUACAAUAUGAUGGCUCGCAUGAAUGACGUCAUGCUGACUUGGUAAAUGUCUAAGCUCAGUUAUCUUCCUUUAGAGCAGCGCAUAUUAAGGAAAAAUUUGUUCAGUUGGUAAAUUACUGUUUCAUUUACAUUUCAUUCCAGCUCCAGAAUCCCUGACAGCCUACUGCCGUAGUAUCUUAGACGCGGGCCGGUCCCAAUUUUUGUGUCCUUACAUCAGCCAAGACCAGCCACCUGUUUAUUGCCGCAAGGAGUGGGACUACAUAGACGUUCGUCGCUUGGCUGUUUUGUCAGAAGAAGAAAUUGAAGAGUUUGAAAAAAAAAUCUCCCGGAACUAUCUGAUCAAGGGCAUGGGUAUUCAAGAAUGUCCGAAAUGCAACUCUAUGGUGCAACGAAGUGAGAAAAAGCUGAUACGAGUGGUUUGCCCUAUUUGCAGCAUGAAUAAAAGCAAUGCUUUCGAGUUUUGCUGGCAUUGUCUGCACGAAUGGAAAAAUAAGCAAAGCACGACCGUGUGUGGUAUGUAGUUUUUGUUAAAAACAUGAUUUACUUAAUGACAAUUUAUCAAAAUUGACCAGUCACACACUUAACGGGCGUCUUUGGCCAAAAAUGCAUUCAUUUCGGUUAACUUCUGUGAGUUCUCGAGCAGUUUGGUGGCGGGGUGGCGGUUGUUUAUCAACAUUUUGUCACAGUUAUUUUCAAGUGUUCUCCCACUCCAUCCCUCCCUAUUUUUUUCCUUUGUCUAAUCUGAUCAGUUUUGAUGGGUGUUUGGAAAGGGGGCUCACGACUGAGAUGUGGGGAUUUUCCAUCCAUGAGAAUGGUAUUCUAUCUAACGACUGGUUGGCAAAAUUGUGAGCCCCUGGAUACCCUGGGCAUCCACCUUUCGCAUGUGUGUUUACCACACACAUGCAAAAAAAUUAUACAGGGGUUCACCAGUGGUGACUUGUAGAGGAACAUUUAUUUUCAUUUUUCGUAAUUUCUGUAUUAUAAUUUCCACACUUUCAAAUAAUUUGCUUGUAUCUUAGGAAAUGAAGACUGUUCAUGUGAGGACAGACGUCUCAAGAUGCUUCGGAAUUGUCCCAGGAAAACUAUCAUUGGAGUAGUGGGGUGCCCCUCUCUACGGGCUUGUGUGUUCUGUGGCAUGAUGAUUGAGCAUGUUAAAGCUUGUAAGCACAUGCGCUGUCGCUGUGGUAAAGAGUUCUGUUUCAUCUGCCUGAAGCUUAAAGAACCUAGCGGUUGGAAGUGUGGAAGGUACAAUGAAGCAUGCACAGUGGCAGCUGUGCAAACCACGAUUCCUGGAGAUAAUUAGUGCCCAAAAAUUUCUCUGUUGCCCGAUAAAGUGAGGCUCAGCAGGUUACCAAGCAGAGGAGUUAGAAGAGUUACUUACCAUCAUUUUAAGUAACACUGGUUUAGCAUCAUAGAUAAUUGUAUUUAAACA